CGAUAAACACCCGAUGCAUGGGAUGUACUUCUAAGAUACUUGCGUUCAAAAUGUGGGAGGCCUGAACCGAAGGAUUAACCGAACAUUGAAGGAGUGGAUCUGAUGGACGUGGCGAGAUUCAAAAUAGGAAGCAUCUGCGUUGAAAGAGUUUGCAGCUGGUCUCGCGAGUGGUUGUUGAUCCCGAGGCCAGCAAAGUACUCUCCAAGUACGAUGCCAUCGUGCCCUCGCGGCAGAUCUGCAGCGACAAGGAUAGCGGCAGAACAAACCACGGUGAGCCAACCAAUCAUGAAACGAUCGCAACGCGUUGUCGGUCAGUCAUACAACGUCCAGUCCAACGCGAACAAGUAUGGGCACCUCGAUCUAGACACGACUAGGGUGAUUUGAGUUCUGAGUCACCGACAGCCAGUCGUCGCUGGCAGAGGGUGACCAUCUCGCGAUAGGACCAAUGCACGAACCUGCAGCCGGCAGAGACGCUAGAGCAAGAGAAUGGAGUUGGGAAAGGGGAAUUUCCAUUUUUCUCUUUUCCUUUGAAGCCAAAAAAGAACGAGGCUGAUCUCAGGGUUCGUAGCGAGACAGAUAGAGACAGAUACAGAUAUAUCUCGACCACCCGGACCCGGCGCUCAUGGCCUGACCCGAUCCUUUUGUCCUUUUGAUUCACUAACAAAUUUGCCUGGCAUUAUUCUAUAAAUUGUUGACUUAUCAGACCGUUAUCAUUGACUACUAUCCUCAUCUACUUGCUCUUUUCUCUAUUGACUGUUGUUGUUUGAAUAACACUCAUCUCAACUUGCAAAAGAGACUCAACCUCGUCUUGGAUUAGAAUAUUGAUAUCACACCGUCUUACACCAUCAUCAACAUUGAUUGCGCCGGCACUCUGAGAGCACCAGCAGUUUUCAAAUAUAAGCGACGGAUCUACGAGGCUAAAGUCCUCCGCGACAUGCGAUUACAAUGGCGUCCUCAACAGAACAACUAUUUCUCGCCAUCUUGAGAAGUGACCACAUUAAGGACUCUCUUCUUCCUCACCUCUCACAAAAUGAUCUCUGCAACAUCCGUCAGUCCUCAUCGGCUUGCUGCAACCUCCUUACUAAGCGUAUCUUCACCCGCCUACACAUCUCCUUCUCAGCCUCGACAUUUACCAAGUCAGCUCGAGUGGCUGCUCUCGCUCGUAUCGGCCAUCAUAUUGAGCAUCUUACCUUCUACUUCCCCCAUUCGGACGCUACUUUCCUUCCUCCUCUCAUUCAUCCAGUUUCUGGUAACGAGAUAUGCUUCCUAUAUACUCCUCACACGAGCAUGGGUUCUGUUCUCUCUCGGCCCAAGUACGCCAACGCUGAGCUUGGUGACAUCCUUACGCAGCAGUACCCUCCUCUCUUCCAUGCUGCCACCAAUGUCCCUAGCUUUAUCAACGCCAUGCGCAGUCUGACCAACAUGCGCCAUCUGACUAUCAGAUGUCCUGGCCAGGAUCCUAGAGAGCGAUAUCGCCGUGACAUUGUCGACUAUGCUCUUAUCAGCUUGCGUAUCUCCCUUGAGCGUGCUCCUCUAGAGAAGCUUCACAAGCUGUCCCUUUCUCAACUGCACCCUGCGGCUUUCAACUACCUUCGUCACGUCAACGGCUUUGGAACAGUCCCAUCGGCUGGAAGACGCUGGCGCCAGAUCAACAAGCUCUCCAUCUCGGUGGAUGCUUGGGACUUUUAUGGAACAUCGCCAGGUCGUGACCAUUUGAAGAUCUUGGACGAAUACGUCCGCACAUUUGCCCCCAACCUAAAGAAGUUCGCCUUCACAUGGCUUGGUCGCAAAGGGCCUUGCCCAGUUGCUCUGGCUUCUGACCCCCUCUUCUCACCGCCCCGUGCCUCCAAGAAACUGUUCCACGAGGUUACAUCUCCUAUGUCUCCCUUACCCGAGACUCCUGGAAAGGGGGCUAUUUACUUCCCAAAAUUGCGAUACCUUCAAGUUCGCAAUGCUGUUAUGAACGCCCCUCAGCUCAGCAACUUGAUCAACUCACACCGUCCAACAGUCAAAGAAUUCGACUUCGAGAGUGUCGUUCUUGCUGAUAAUGGUAACUGGGACGAUGUCCUUGCGCCCAUCGACACUGACGAUUCCUGGUCUCGAAGCAACAGCAUGGCCGCCCAAUCAGAAUACAGUCUUGUCACAAGCCCCAGCUCAGAACAUCUUCCUAGCCCAAGUGCUGCUGUAACUGCCGCUAGUCGUGAGCUCUUGGACAUGGACCUCGGUGGCUUCCCCUUCGGCGACAUUGAAAACGAAGUCGUUGAUGACCCUACUGGAGAGAUCACUGCCAAUGAACAGUUUUCUGCCCCUGUAUAUGAAUCAGAUGCCGGAUUCAGCACAAAACUUAGAAAGAAACGCUCUCGUCGCCGCAGACGCAAGCAUCGCAGCAGUGUUGAGGAUGCCCCUGAGACACCGUCUCCCUCACCCAAGUCCUCCCAACACUCCCUAUCACGCCGCCACAAGACCUCUCGUCCUCGACUCCAACCUUUUGUGGAGGAACAAAUCCUCCGCCCUUCAACUCCUGUCCCCAACAUCACCGCCCCCAUCUUGAUCAGUGAUCCCCAGCCCGUGCUGCUGCAACCCACAACUUAUGACCCAACCGCAAGGAAGAAUGCCAGUCGAGACCCGGAUGAAGGCAUUUCUCCCGUUCAGCGCAACAUAGAGCAGGAAGAGGCCCACCGUCUUCUAGCUGAAGAUGCUGUCGCGAGAGUGAGCGCCUUGCAAAAGGCCAAGGCCGCUGUCCUGUCCAAGCUGAGCCGCGAGUUCUGCCAUAGCAAGAAACCUCGUGUCGGUGAAGCUAACGCAUGUCGCUUUCUGGCAGGCCGGGAUAUUGGUACGGCAUUUGGCCCCAGCAUGGUCAUGGAGGAUCGAAGAGCACUGGAGAGUCGGAGUGUAUUAGUACCCCUGAUGUUCAGUCGCUCAUGAAGUGAACGCAGUACGAGAAACAUGAAUGAAAUGAUGACGAGCUCCUGGAAAUAGUGGGAAAACUUUUGUAAUAACGAUACCAUGCCCUUCGUUUCUUCAUGUAUUUACUAUUAGCAUUUCUUUCCACUGAAAACGAAUCUUAUGUUAUGACCGAUGCCUUCGUUGCCUCUCAUCAUAAGCAUGCUUAAUUAUGAACUUUCCUUACUUAUUGUCUCCAUGGC